AAGAGAUAGCGAAUAGACAUGCUUUGAAUUUGACCAUGCCUUACUGGAACGAUAUAAUUUAUUUUGUUUGACAACAAACAAAUCGAAUGGAAUGGAAUCGAAAAUGUGAAGAGAUUUCAGUUUAUAAUUUAAAAUGACCAUGGAUAUUGGAUAUUUAUGUCGAUUUUGUUUAUCAUCAUCCGACAAUAACAUGUGCAAGAUACAAGAAUGCGACAUAUUUAGUAAAAUUCGAACUUUUCUGACUAUAGACAUAUCAACUGAUGAAUCUUUGCCAAACAAAUUAUGCAAUGAAUGCAUUAAAAAGAUAUCAGACAUGACCAAAUUCUGUUUAACUGUACAAGAAAACGAAGAUAAAUUAAGAAAGUAUUUAAAAGAAGGCACUUUGCAGGAGUAUUACUUAAAUUUUUCUAAUAAUUUUCCUAUUAAAGCAGAAGAAACUGAACCAAUUAUAUUUUAUGAUAGUCAGUGUGUAAAAAAUGAAGAUAGCAAUACUGAAUUAGGUACAGAAAAAUGCAAAAUUAAAAGUAAAAGAAAACUUAACAUAGCUCAAAAUAAAGACAAUAAUUUGGAUUAUAACAGUCUAAAAGGUGAAGACCCGGCUGAUAGUUUUAAUAGCAACCACAGUAGCUCAGACGAUGAAACAACACUUUCAACUAUAAAAAUAGAAAAAGAACUACACACUGGCCCUACAGAAAUUCAAAAUAAGAAACGACCAAGAAAAAAAAGAAAAGAGAAUAACUCUAUGCCAUUAAAUGAACCGCAUCAUACCAUAGACACAAACAAGGAGUCUGUAAAACAAUUUACUUGUCUCACUUGUUUAAAACCAUGUGAUUCUCAGUCAGAUCUCAAUAAACAUUAUCAUAAAGAACAUUUAAAUAAGAAUAUUAGUACAAAAUAUGCCGAAAAAGAAAUAGAUGGUAGUAUAAUGUAUGGCUGUGAUAUUUGUGAGGAAAAUUUUAGUACAAAGAAAGAUAUUUUAAAACAUGUUGAUAGUCACAAUGAUGAGAGACCGUUAAUUUGUAAGCUUUGCGGAAGAACAUAUAAGACAGUUAUGGAGAUCAUUCGGCACGCUCGGGUUCACAGUGGUGUAAAACUUCAGUGUUCUUACAAUUGUGGGUAUUCUACUGCUUAUCAGGGUGCUUUGAAGGAACAUGAGAACAGACAUCAGUCUGUACAUAAGUACACCUGUGAGAAAUGUGGCAAGGGUUUCAACGUGAAGACCUGGUAUGAACAGCAUCAGAACAUCCAUACGGGACUGAAGCCUUUUGUCUGCAGUAUAUGUGGGCUAGCCUUUCAUAUGGCCAGAUAUUUAACAGCUCACAGAAGCUCGAUGCAUCCACAAUCGUCAAGCUUGAAACGGUACAUAUGUGUGCAUUGCGGACAAAAGUGUGAUAGUGCCAACAGUCUUAGUUUGCAUUUAGAGGAACACGGAAUAAAUAAAGAAAAGGAGUUCCUGUGUGAUUUCUGUGGCAAGAUCCUCUCCAGUGCUGAUCAAUUGAAGUACCAUCACAGGAUGCAUUCCGGCGUCAAGCCAUAUUCGUGCAGCAUAUGCAACAAGUCGUUUGCAAAGCGGUACAACGUUAAAGUUCACAUGACAUCUCAUUCUGGUGAAAAAAUACACUCUUGCCCACGCUGCGGGAAGAGGUAUGCGCAGAGAAGUACACUUCUGCAACAUUUGAAAAGGCACCACGCUGGGACGUCGCCUGAGCGCACUGCGUAAUACCUACAGACUCUAGGUAAAAAUAAUACUUCAAUAAACAUUUUUCAUUCCGAG